AUCAAACGCCAACAAAACUUGAAAAGUAGCAAAACCAAACUGUACUGGAUCAAUAGAGAGAGUGAGAGAGAAACAAAAAGCUCCAUUACAGCGACAGCAUCUUCAAUCUCUCUCUUCUUCUUCUUCUUCAACAAAGCUAACUUUCAACUCUUGAUCGAACUCUGCUGGUCUUUCUUAAACAUUCUAGAAUCUCUUAUGUGCAACGUCGUCGGUUGUUAACUUCAGUUUAGGUACUGAACAUACAGAACCCUCACCCUCCUCUAACCUCCAGCAUAAAAUUCCAUGGAGCUGUACGGUCGUAACAACACGCCGAGGAAUGGGUCCCAGUCGAGUCACCAACCCAAAUGGAAUCCUCCAACCGACCUCGAAGAAUCGAUGUGGCAAUUGAACCUGAAGAUCGCUGAUUCGUAUCCGGAGCGACCUGGAGUGCCCGACUGUGUGUACUACAUGCGAACUGGAGCCUGUGGAUAUGGUAACAGGUGCCGUUACAAUCACCCUCGAAACCGUGCUGCGGUUGAGGCUGCAGUUAGGGCUACUGGGGAAUACCCUGAACGACCAGGGGAACCACUGUGUCAGUUUUACAUGAAUACUGGAACCUGUAAAUUCGGUGCAUCCUGCAAAUUCCACCAUCCAAAACAUUCAGGUGGUUCUAUGAGUCAUGUUCCAUUGAAUAUAUAUGGAUACCCACUACGACCGGGAGAAAAAGAAUGCUCCUACUAUUUGAAAACGGGGCAUUGCAAAUUUGCUAUAACAUGUAAAUUCCAUCAUCCUCAACCAGCUGGCACAUCAAUCCCGGCAUCUGCACCUCAGUUUUAUCCUCCAGUGCAGUCUCCUUCAGUUCCUAUGCCUGAACAGUACAGGGGGGCAUCCACCAGCUUGAGGGUACCUAGGCCUCCACUUUUAGCUGUACAGGGGGCUUAUGGUCCUGUGCUGUUUCCCCCUGGAGUUGUUCCUUUUUCUGGUUGGAGUCCUUACUCGGCACCUGUAAGUCCUGUGCUAUCUCCUGGUGCCCAACCUGCAGUAGGAGCAACUUCUCUAUAUGGAGUAACACAGCUAUCUUCUUCAAUGCCUGCACUUGCAGGACCUUAUUCCUCCUUGCCUUCCUCUUCUGGUCUUUCCAAUAGUGGUCAGAAGGAACAGUCUUUUCCAGAGAGACCUGGUGAACCUGAAUGCCAGUUCUUCUUGAAAACUGGGGACUGUAAAUUUGGAUCAUCUUGUAGAUAUCAUCAUCCUCAGGAUAGGUUUGCACCAAGAUCAAACUGUACCCUCAGCCCACUUGGUUUCCCUCUGCGUCCGGGGGUGCGGCCUUGUAUUUUCUACAUGCAAAAUGGAUACUGCAAGUUUGGCUCCACAUGCAAAUUUGAUCAUCCAAUGGGCACUAUGAGACAUAGUCCAUCAACAUCCUCUCUUGUUGAAAUGCCUGUUGCUCCCUACCCUGUCGGGUCUUUGCUGUCUACUCUGGCCCCUCCAUCCUCCUCUUCUGAUCUGCGGCCUGAACUGAUUUCAGGAUCCAAGAUGGAUUCUUUAUUGAGCAGAGUCCCUUCUUCUGGAAAUAACUCCAGUAGUUCAGUUGGUCUGAUUUUCUCACAGACUGGGCCUGGUCAUCUUUCUGACUUGCAACUUGCAGGUGAGACUUCCGUUUCUUUAAGCAGUAGCAGAAGUACGAGGCAGGGUGUUGAAGUUCGUCGUCGUUCAAGUUGAUGUAUAACAUGAAAGUGAUUCUUCAUUAGCCCUCACAUGACGUUUCCGUAGUCUUUAUAUGUUUCUUGUUUAUAGAUCUCAGUAAUUAAAGUCAAUUGUGCAAAUUUUACCCCACCAUAGGUCUUAUAUGAUCAUCUUUAUAUGUCCAUCUAAAUAAGCUUCAGUAGCAAACGCCAUAUGAACUUUCUCUCCAUUUUCCAGAUAAUUGCAACAGAGCCAAUGAUCAGGUCAGAUCCCCUCUUGUUCAACUUUUCAUCUUUUGUAUCUUUGUGUCAUGAUAUGUCAUGCAAUGGAAAGGAUUAACAGUUCCACGAAAAACUCAGCUAUGCUAUUCAUGUCCUUAGAUUGGAUUUCUUGUGUUGCUUUGUUGUCUAUUCAUGCUUCUCUGUCAAAGCAUGGGAUAAACUUCCAAUUUCGUUAUAUCUGAACUCACCUAUUUAAUUUCAUAGGGGGCAUUUGCCCCUAUAUUCUAGGUCGAAUGAGGACAUUUUGAAGUUCCCAAGAAGGCAUCUUAUUGCAACUUCAUUUCGAGAUACAAGAGAACUAGGAUCCUUAAGGAUCUAUAUGUUUAUUGGAUGACUUAGAAAGCUUUUGUAAAAGUUCCUUAUUUUUCUCCAUUGAUUUAUACGAGGGAAGACAUUAUGUGGCCUUGGGGAUUACUUUUAUAUGUGGUUAAGAUUGGUGUAAAUUUUCAAGUAAUAUAUUGAAGUUUUCAUACUUGUGAA